AGAUCUUCAGAAUAGCUUUGUAGUGCUCAACUGGAAGUUGGUUACGGGUUAGUUUCAAUCAGUCAUGAAACUCAACUCGAAAUGUAGCUUUUGAGAGCGCAAUUUCUGAACACUUAAGCAAGUACUCGAGCUCGGAAGUCAGAACUUGCUUCCAGCCAUCUGUUCCUCCAGCUGUCAACAAGUCAUUCAAGUCGCCUGCCACUCCAAAUCCACAACUUAAGACGUCGAAAUGUCCUGGAAAGACCCCCGAACAGCAAGUCCAGAAAACUCAAUAUGGCUCAACUUGCCCGAAGACACAUUCCGCCAACAUCUAGUAGAACUCGAAGCAAAAACAAACAGCAUCCCAAUGGACCCCCAAGUCUUCUCCCCCGACGACUGGCUCUCGACCUCAGCACGUGAAUCAGAGCAACCACACAUCCUCCCACUUGCAACCGAGCAACAAAUCGCAGACGACUUCGCCUUCCUAGCAGCCGUGACAGAAGGCGCUCAAAGUGUAGCAGCCGUAUGUCUCGAAGAACGCCAUUCCCCCACCCCAAGCCUCACCCUCCGCUUCGCAACCCUGGAUAGUCUCCUCAACUCCAACAUUAAAGACGGCCUCCAAUCCAUCCUUCAAAUCCUAAUUGAACACGCCUCUAACUCAACAACCACCAACCCACCUGUAGUCGAAAAACUCCUAGAAAUAAUAAUCAAACUCCACCACCCCCGCCUCCUCGCCCGCCUCCGCUCCACAAAAUGGUCCAAACCAACCUACCUCUCCAAAUCCCACAAAAAGCCCCUCUACGCCGACAUCCCCAACCUUCUCCACCGCCUCUCAUUCCUCUUUUCCAAAUCCGAGAAAGCUCUCCUCGCAACCAUAAAAACCAACCUCCAAACCCUCCACACCCUCUACUCGACCUUCGAAACUCUCCCCUCCUCCACUGACCACUCCUCCCUACACCACCUAAUAACAACCAGCUGCACCAUCCUCAACCACCCCUCCACAAAACAAUUCUCCCAACGCUUAGUCUCUAGCCAAAAAACCCGCAAACCAACACCCCAAGUCGCAUCCGCGCUCAAAACCCUCCGCCAAAUAGAAAAAAUAGCCUCCUACCGCCGCGUCGCCACGUCCCUCCUCAAAGCAUCCACCACAUACCGCUCUCUCUUCUCUAACCUCCGCAUAGCCUUCCUCGCUCCCUAUACCGCCAUCCCAACAACCAUCGCUUAUGAGUCCUGGGCAAAGACGCUUCAUGUACACGCUGAGGUCCAACUCGCCGUCUUCUACGACCUUCAAACCACCUCUAAUUCCUCCACCUCCCCCGAUGCCCCGAGACCAAGAGCAAUAGGCACCAGCAAAUGGCUCUGCUACCUCUGCUACCGCUUCCUUGUUUCCCACGGGCGAUUCUUCCCGUCGAAGACGCACGGGCGGGUAUUUGAUCAGUGGACGGUUCCUGAUUUAGUUGAGUAUGGGGACGGGGUGAGGGAGAGGUAUAGGGGGGUUGUGAGGGAAGUGGAUGAGGUGGUUAGGAGGGAGAGUGGGGAGAUUGGGGAGGGGGUGGAGGAAGGGUGGAGGUUGAUGCCUAUGACUAGUGUUGAUUUGGGGCCUUGGGGGGAGGAGGGGAUGGGGGUGGCUAGGGAAGGAGAGAGGGUUGAGGGUGGGGUUGCAGGGUGA